CGAUCCUCUCUCCUCAUCUUUCCGAUGUACCAGUAUUGCUUCGCAGCUGGAGGAUACUGUGAAUGUCGCUGCAGAUUGCUGUGGCCCAUACGGGCCAGCGCCUCGACGCCGAUCCUGUAGGAUUCAACUCCAUCGAAGCGCUGAAGCAGUGGAUAUCUAGAGCUACCCAGAUCUCCCCCGAGAACCAGAUCCUUUUGACGCCCCGGGGGAAGCACGUUAAGUUACAAGCCCUCUUGACUGAGAGAGAAAUAUUUGUUUACAAUCGCGAGCUCUCCACAGGAGCCCAAUCUGACUUCUUACCUUCCCCUCUACCUGAUCCGUUCCACCCCGAUGACCCUCCCGAUACACUAUCAAGCCAUACGGACCUACGAGCAUGGCAGACACUUUUCCAGGCCCGCCGCGACUGGGCAUUCACCGUCCUCGACAUAUCGCGGUCCAUGUCCAGGGUCGCUUCGAAACAUUUCGCCGAGCAGACUACGAUAGAGAAGGGGACGCAAAUUGCUGUUGGAAACCAUGACUCACACAUCCGCGGGCUGGACCAGAAGCACGAGGCUGCGAAGAAGUGGUUUGAGGGUGUGGAAAAGGAGACGGGGGAUAACUUGCGGGGACUGGAUAACGACUUCGCUCAGCUAGGAUCGAUACCUGCGAAAGGAGAUUUCGUACAGUUUCUCGCGAAAGAGGUUCGUUCGGCGCAGGCGGUCCAGGCUUUGCAAGGUUCGCGUAAGCCCUCCGCAGGACGGAACAUGACGCUGCAAGAUUAUUUGGACACAGACGCCGUGAAGCGAGCAACAAGUGUGAGCCAGCGCGUGAAAGACUCAUUCGCGAAGCGCAUGGUUGCUAUGAGGGGACAACUGGAACAGAUCACCUCUGACUACAACGAACUACUCGGUGCCGUAGGACAAAGCCAAAGCCGCUCCCUUAGCGAUGACACGGAGGAGCCGGUCCGAUUAUACAACGAGAUUGAGGCCGUUGCGAGGAAGGUUGAGUCAGACCUCAAGCACGUUCUAGAGUUACCGGCAGACUCCAAAUCCGUGGCGCAAGUGUCCAAAAUGGCUCUAUUGCAUACUAGGAAUUUCCUACCCGCUAUCAAGGAAUACAGUAUGGAAAUGAGUGACCUCGUAAGGAGGUCGAUAGAGCAAAAAAACUCCGCACUGCGAAAUGCGGUGGACAGUAUGCGCAGCAUCGCUAGUAUCGAAUCCGUCAUAUCAACGCUGAACGAGGAGUUGGAGUCAAUCAGUAUCCCACAGGAUGGAGUUGCCGCGUUUGAAUUAUUAUCUUUAGUUGGUCGACUGCCUUACAUAUACGGCACACUUCUAGUAGAAGCGGUGCGUCGGCGUGAAUGGCUGGAAAAGAUGAAGAAGGACACUUCAUCACUUGCUGAAGAGAUGGCCGGCUACCAGGAAGAAGAGGAGCGACGUAGGAAGAGAUGGCUCAAGCCGAUAGCCGACGUCAUCAACAUCGACGCCAUCCAGGGCAACAUGCUUGGUUUUGAGAUGAAUGUUCAGCCUGAAAAGAAUAGUUGGCCGACGGUUUCUCGGGAGGAUUUGCAAGAGUAUCUUAAAGUGCUGCAACGCCUGGAUGGCCAGGCAUCCGAGGCUGAUGCUCUCAGCCAGGCCAUCAAAGACCUCGACCGCCCUACAAAGCAGCAAGUGAAGCGGGCAAAGAAUUUCAAAAUGGGCAGCGUUCACGAGCCAGCAUUUGGCAAAGGGUCUCAACUCAUGGUGAGGGGUGAUGAUGAACUUCGAAUUCUCAGAGAGGCCAAUUCGAAACUCGAAGAUGAGCUGAAAAGCUCCAAAAGUCGGGUGCGUAGACUUGAGGAUCUCGUACAUAGGCAGAACCAUGUCAGUCGCCUCUCAAUAGGCGGAGGAAUGCCUACGUUCGGACCCCAAAGCCCGGCAGAUCCAUCGACACCCAUCGCAGACACGGGCUCUUUUCGACCGAUAGACGACAUGUCACGAAGGUCUUCCGUGUCUUCAAGGCGCUUCUCUACGAACCAAGGACAGGAUGACAAGCGACGUAUUGUCCGACUAGAGCAAGAACUCGCCAAUGAGAAAGAAGCGCGAGCGACACUCGAUAAAGAGCUACAGGCCAGAAAAAGCGAUGAUGCCGAAGUGAGAAAACAAGUUGAAGAAGCCGUAUCUACGAAAGAGAAUAUUAUGGAGAACAUGAAAGCCCAACAGCGAGAAUUUGCUGAAGAGCGUAAGGCCUUGAUCGAAGAUGCCCGAAACUGCAAGACCAAGAUGGAAGAAGCAGAAGACGAAUUAGACCGCUUGCUAGGCAGCCGCGAAACCGAACGCACUGGAGCGGAUACGAAGAUACAAGAGCUUGUCGCUGAGCUCGAAGGGGUGCGUCGAGAUGCCGAAGACCAGGUGAAUCGUGCGGACAAGCGCGUUGCGGACUUGCAAGCAACAGUUGAUGCACGGAAAGAGGUGGAGGGUCAGCAACGAGAGUCACUCGCUGUUGCCUGGAACUACCUUGCACCGGAUACAUCUGCACCUGAAGAUCACGCAGCACUGAUCGAGCAGUUGGAAGAGCUCGCGUUACGGUCAUAUGACUACAAGGAAGAGCUCCAAAGAGCUAUCUCGAUAGCCCGUUCCGAAAAUGAGACCAAUCGAUCGCGUGCGGAGCAAAGGGAGGACGAACUCAAGUCCAAGUUGAAGACGGAGGAGUCUCAAGCCGUCUCAAUGCGUGAACAACUCGAUGUCGAGAAAGCGAAGGUCGCGUCAAUCACAGAAGAGCUGGAAGAGGAGCGUGGCCAUCUCAAGAGCUUGCGAGAGAAGUUUGCCGAAGGCGAGACUGGCUCCGAGGAGCUUAGAAAGCGGGUUGUUGAGGAAGAGGCCAAGGUGACGCGCUUGCAAAUCGAGCUUGCCGAAUCCAAGUCCCACGCGAAUAGUCUUGACGUUGAGUUGAUGCAUGCUCAGAAGGCGAUCAUGAAGUACGAGGAAUUCGACUCCUCUCGGACUCACCAACGCCUCCAGCGGGCGAAAGAGCUUAGUCAACGUUUAUAUUCGCAACAUGACCGCCUUCUCCGACUUCUUGAGACACUUGGUUUUGUCAUCACUUAUGAAGAUGGCACCAUGGUCCUCCAGCGAGCUUCUAAAGUGGGCAGCAGCACUAUCAUGUCAGACACUGGCACACUCAUGCGUAGCGUCACUAGUCCAUCGCCAACGCCUGUAAAGAGACGUUUGGAAGAGAUCACAGACUUGUCUUUCUUACAAUGGGCUGAGGCUACGAAGCAGGAAGACGAGGACGCACGGUACCAUGAGCUUCUUGAUACUCUUAAUCACUUCAACAUCGACACCUUCAGUGAAGCUGUAUCCAAACGUAUGCGCGAUAUGGAACACACUGCAAGAAAGUGGCAGAAGGAGGCACGCGCAUAUCGAGACAAGAGCCACAAGUAUCAAUCGGAAGCACACGACAAGAUUGCGUUCCGAUCAUUCAAGGAGGGUGACCUUGCGCUUUUCCUCCCCACCAGAAACCAAGCAACAAGACCGUGGGCAGCGUUCAAUGUGGGUGCUCCGCACUACUUCCUUCGCGAGCACGACUCGCACAAGCUUCACGGUAGAGAAUGGCUCGUUGCGAGGAUAAGCAGGGUCGAAGAGCGCGUGGUCGAUCUGUCCAAAACGAUGGAGAGCGGAGCCGGAAGGGCAUCUGCUGACGGACGAUCGAUUGCAUCAAACAGUGCCAUGUCUUUCGAAGACGACAAUCCUUUUGAACUUUCCGACGGCCUACGAUGGUACCUGCUCGACGCAUCCGAAGAGAAGCCUGGUGCACCCGGUACCCCUGGACUUGGAAAGUCAACCGUAGCAAGCGCACGCAUCAUGGGCCAGGGCCAGAUGGAAAUGACGAAGAAGAAGGCCUCCAACGACCCGGCCAAAACUCUUGGAAAGAGCCUCGACAGCCGACGAAGUAGCGGCACAAGUAGGGUGAGCGUCCCAAUUGGCGGCCGCACAAGCACAGAAGCAUUGGGAAUCGAACAGCAACCGGAAUCAGGCUCGAGCAGCACCGCUGCGACCAGAGGAGCCAGCCCAGCCACAGGCGGCGGAUCAGGACCAGGACCAAGCCAUCUCCGGGAGAGCGAGGCUGCUGCGGAGACAGCGACGCAGAGGCUGUUGCAAGGGCACGGCGGUGAAGAGCCAUUCUUCGCAUCAUCACCCCCACGGUUUAAGCGUGAGGUCUCCCCUCGAAAACAGUCCGCCACGGCAGGCCCAACUCCCGUGUUUAACGGAGGCGGCAGUGGGCUUUUCAGGGCUCCAUCUGGCACUUCGAGCCCCAGUAAAACCAGGACGAGCCAUCUGGCAGACGCCAGACAAGCCAGCCCCGGCGCCAGCCCGAGCAAAAAACAGGCCCAAAUUCCACCGAAGCCGAGAUCCGGAAGCAUCUGGGACAGCCUCUUCCAGGUCGACAUCAGCUAUCAGAAGGGAGGCAGUGGCAACGGCGGCAGUAGUGGAAGGAAGUGAAGAGCAUUCUGGCAACAACAAGCAGUGUAUGUACGAUUGAACCGCUUCACAAUUUAGCAUAGUAUUCUGGGGGGCAUAGGCGUAAAUAAUCGGUCGCUUAAUCGGUCGAUACCAUAAUAUAAGGUCGCUUUCAAC